ACGUCACUCAAACACUGAACCAGGAAACAAGAAUCACCUGACUUCAGAGUAAGAGAAACUGAAGUGUAGUUGAGCUGUUGUGUGUUUGUGUCUCUGUAUUCAUGCAGUAAAAUGGCAGAAGCCAGAAUUUCUCAGGAUGAGUUCCUGUGUUCAUUGUGUCUGUAUCUCCUGAAGGAUCCAGUGACUACUUCCUGUGGACACAGUUACUGUAAGAUUUGUAUUACAGAAUACUGGGAUCAGAUGAGAGUCUACAGCUGCCCUCAGUGCAGACAGAUCUUCAGUCCAAGACCUGCUUUAGCUAAAAACACCAUGCUGGCUGAAGUGGUGGAGAAACUGAAGAAGAGAAAACGUUCUGCUGACUGUUGCGCUGGAGCUGGAGAUGUGCAGUGUGACGUCUGUACUGGAAGAAAACGCAAAGCUGUCAAGUUCUGUCUGGUGUGUCUGGAGUCUUACUGUCAGAAUCAACAACAUCUUCAACAACAUGAGAGUUUGUUUAAAAGAAAGAGACAGAAUCUGACUGAAGCCACUGGAGGACUGCAGGAGAUGAUCUGCCAGAAACACGAAAAGAGCCUUGAGAUUUUCUGCCGCACUGAUCAGAAGUUUAUAUGUGUGCUGUGUACGAUGGAUGAACAUAAAAACCACGACACUGUAUCAGCUGCAGCACAGAGGACAGAGAAACAGCACCAGCUGAAGGAGACGCAGAGGUCAUUCCAGCAGAGGAUCCAGCAGAGAGAGAAAGAUCUUCAGCAGCUGAGAGAGGCUGUGGAGUCUCAUAAGGUGAGUCUGGAGUACACAGUGCUGCGAACAAUCAAUCACUCCUUAGCGUGCAUCACUGUCCUCCUCGCGGCUGCAGCAACUUGCGCUCUCUUCAUCAAGGCUUAA